AUGCUCCCGGAUCUUGGCUCAAAGGGCCCAAUAGAGCGACCCUAUAUUGUUACCGAGACCUACGUUGGGAUGUCCUCCCUGCCCUACUUCCCGACGCCAACACCUAUCCCGUACGGAUUCACAACGGCAGUCGAGACCUAUACAGGCGGUGCACCACAGCCUAUUACGCGAACCAUCGUAGUGCCUAAGACCGGUAGGCCAGGGCGAUGCGAUGUGACGAAAUUGACGUGUUCUCUCGCAAGCCACCGGCAAAGCAUACCCCCUCCAGAAUCGGGUGCACAUUCAUCCACAGGGGCAGCCGAAACUCACAGUGAAGCCACCGCUGUUGGGACUACUUUGAUCACCAGCAGGGAAGGUGGCCCCGAGAUGACCGGGGUGGAGGACCAAAGUUCGGGAGCUGCGGACGGCGGAACCAGAGGGCCUUCCACAGCGACCGCGACGGAUAUUUUAACCAGCGCAGCUAGCUCAUCCUGGUCGAAAUGGUUGUUGUCAUAUGGCGUAGUCACUUCGGCCUUCUGGGGAGUGUUUCUGUUUCAAUAA